UCACGGCGCCCGCGAGGAGGGCCCACUGGCCGAGGGCCCCUGACCCCCGGGCUCCCCGGCCUCUGUCUCACUUCCGCUCGGGUUGGGGCCUCUCCUGCCCUGGGGGUGCGGGGCGCCGGCGCUGAACGCUCCACUCCCCGAGCCUCCGGAGAGCCAAAAGUUCUUCCGAGUCCGGGCUUGCUCCGUAACUCGGAGCCUCAGCUUCCCUGUCCUCUGAGCGCACUUUCCUGUCCUUCCCUCCGAGGUGGUGGGUAAAGAGCCAAGGUCUCCGAGGCAGGAAACGCUGUGGGAUGUGUGUGCGCGCUUACACUCACAAGCCCACCCGUCCGAACACAUCGCCGUGGGGAUGUGGAAGGCUCCGGGAGCACGAUAUAGUAAUGUGACAGCCGUGCAAUACCAUGGUCGUGAAACCUAGAGAAGGCUCCAGAUAAAAGGAAAGCACUAGAAGAGACCAAAGCCUACACCACCCAAUCCUUAGCUAGUGUUGCUUAUCAGAUAAAUGCAUUGGCCAACAAUGUGCUCCAACUACUGGACAUCCAAGCCUCUCAGCUUAGGAGAAUGGAGUCUUCCAUCAAUCAUAUCUCCCAGACUGUGGACAUUCAUAAAGAGAAAGUGGCUCGGAGAGAAAUAGGUAUUUUGACAACAAAUAAGAAUACAUCCAGAACUCACAAAAUAAUAGCACCUGCAAAUAUGGAACGUCCUGUAAGGUACAUUCGAAAACCUAUAGACUAUACAGUACUGGAUGAUGUGGGCCAUGGUGUCAAGUGGCUAAAAGCCAAGCAUGGAAAUAACCAGCCUGCAAGAACUGGCACAUUGUCGAGAACAAAUCCACCUACACAGAAACCGCCAAGCCCUCCUAUGUCAGGCCGGGGAACAUUGGGGCGGAAUACUCCUUAUAAAACCCUGGAACCUGUUAAACCCCCGACGGUUCCCAAUGAUUAUAUGACAAGUCCAGCCAGGCUUGGAAGCCAGCAUAGUCCAGGAAGGACGGCAUCUUUAAAUCAGAGACCAAGAACACACAGUGGUAGCAGUGGAGGAAGUGGAAGUCGAGAAAAUAGCGGAAGCAGCAGUAUUGGCAUUCCCAUUGCCGUGCCUACACCUUCACCACCAACUGUUGGCCCAGCACAAAUUUCUGUCCCUCCUCCCUCUGGAGCUCCUCCUGCACCACCUCUUCCUCCACCUCUCCUGAUGGGCAGUGUGAUAGUGGCCCCGAGUUCAGCUCCUGGUUCCCAGUAUGGCACAAUGACCAGGCAGAUUUCACGACACAACUCUACUACUUCUUCGGCAUCUUCGGGUGGAUACAGACGAACUCCCUCUGUGACUGCUCAAUUUUCUGCUCAACCUCAUGUUAAUGGCGGUCCGCUUUAUUCUCAAAAUUCAAUUUCUAUUGCUCCACCCCCUCCCCCUAUGCCUCAGUUGACUCCACAGAUACCUCUCACAGGCUUCGUGGCCAGGGUGCAGGAAAACAUUGCUGAUAGCCCUACACCACCACCACCUCCUCCCCCAGAUGAUAUUCCUAUGUUUGAUGAUUCCCCACCUCCUCCUCCACCACCCCCAGUUGAUUAUGAAGAUGAGGAGGCCGCAGUUGUUCAAUACAGUGAUCCCUAUGCAGAUGGAGAUCCCGCCUGGGCCCCUAAGAGCUAUAUUGAGAAAGUUGUUGCUAUAUAUGAUUAUACAAAAGACAAGGAUGAUGAGCUAUCUUUUAUGGAGGGUGCAAUCAUUUAUGUUAUAAAGAAGAAUGAUGACGGAUGGUAUGAAGGAGUCUGCAAUCGAGUGACUGGCUUGUUCCCCGGAAAUUACGUUGAAUCAAUCAUGCACUAUACUGAUUAAAAUGCUUUUGUUUCUGGAGUGGGAUCUUGUAGUCAAUCAUACUGUGGGACAAUUAUAAUGGUGAACAGAUCUGUCCUGUUACUGUUUUAACAUGUGCCCAUAUUUUCAGGACAUGCUGUUUUAUCAGUAUGAUUGAAUGUUGAUCCAUGAGCAUAACUGUUGGGAGACAGUUUAUGUAUUGCUAAGAGCUUUUGUACAAAUAACUGUCUGUAACAGGUUAUGCUUAUGUAUUUACUUAUGCAUUCUUGAUUUCGUGACCAGCCUAAAUAUUCUGGGGAAGUAGGGUUUAGUAUUUAAUGAAUUAUGAUUCCAAUUGUGCCAUUACACUUUUUCAGUGCAGCAUGGUAACUAACACUACGUUAGACUAACAUUAAGAAUCUGGAAAAAAACAAAGUUUAAUGCUAGUGCUGGUCAUACUUUUGUUUAGUUUCUUGCUCAUUUUUGAACUAUACUAUUUGUUUAAAGCAUGCAUACAAACUUAUGUAUUGAAAUAUACUUUAAAAAAAAUCCAAGAUGCUUCCAAUUUGUUGUAAUCUUUACCUAGAGCACUCAUACACAAAUCUAUUAAAUUGUUGAGUCUCUAAGGUAUCCAUGUGAAACAAAACCCGAGUGGUCUUCUGUAUGUUGUAAUUUGUACCCAAGUUUUUUUAAUGAGUAAAUUUGCAUUUUCACUUUUUCCAUUCAUAAAUACAUAAGUGAACCAAAGGUAUUGUCCUUUCCUUCAUUGGUUUGCUUUUUUUUACAAAUAAAAGUAUGGAUUUACUGUGGAAUAAUGCUUCUAUUUUCUCAGCACAUUCUCCAUGAACAAAAAAUUGGUGUAAGCCUUAUAUUAACUUGCCCUGACUUAGAAGAAAGUGAUUUAUUUUGAAAUUUUAGAAUAUAAAUUCCUUUUCUAAAAUUUUCUUUCAAAGCUAAGAUGGAGAUCUUAAAGGGAUCAAAUUAUUGCAAUUAAAAUUUAGACAAGCUUGUCUGUUUAUGGGGUCCAAUUUACUGCCAUGUUACCAUUCCAUGAAUUUUACGGCUGCCUUUUUCAAGUACUAUUGAUCAAAUGAUGGUUCAGUAUAAGGAAAUUAGAGUACCAUUUACAAAUAAUUUUUGUAAAAGUGCAUGCUGUUGACUUGUACUGGCUCUAUUAAAUCCAUUAUCUGGCUGUGGCAAUCCAAAA